AGCAUCCCAGUGACAGAUGAGUGGUUGCUGUGUAAUUGCAGAGAAGUGAGGUCAGCAGGAGGCUUUUAUCAGAGAUCAGACAGCGAUCAGAAACAGGAGAAGAGAUGCACAGCGCAGGCGGGCGGCCACAGAACUCCCUCUCUGUGCGUCACACUGGAAGCUUCUCUGCACUCAUCAGGACUGAAGCACACAGUCUGGAGGCUGAAGAAUGGACAGCGUGUGAAGCGUCUGCUUGUUGAUUUGUGUCAUUAACAGCAGAAACGAACACAUCGCUGCCUCCUCAAGCUCUGAGGAGAUUCUGCUGGAGGUCAGAGGUCACACCAGGAUUGUACUGGGAAAGGGUCCGAGCGGAUCUCACAGCUGAGUUCUGCCUUCAGUAUGUGGAUCACGAACUCCUUGAGAAACGCAGUAUAAUGCACAAAUGGACGCUGCGAUGGAAACUGCCUGAGUUUGUGUGUGGACUGUGGCUGGUGCUGCUGGUCAGCCGAGUGUGUGUGUGUGUGUGUGAUGGAGCGUCUGUGACCGACUGCUCCAAACACGAGCGCCACACCAGGAACUACGACUACAUGGAGGGAGGGGACGUCCGGAUCCGACGCCUCUACAGUGGCACGCAGUGGUUUCUGAUGAUCGACGAGUUCGGGAACAUCAACGGGACGCAGGAUCCCAACAACGGCUACAGUGUUCUGGAGAUCAGGACGGUUUCGGAGGGCGGCGUGUUGGCUAUAAAAGGACUGAAGAGCCAGUAUUAUAUUUCCAUGAACCGCACCGGAAUGUUACAGGGCAAAAAAGACUACAACGACAGCUGCAACUUCAAAGAAGUGUUUUUAGAGAACUACUACACGGCGUACUCGUCCGUCAAAUGGACUAAAAACGGCAAAGAGAUGUUCAUCUCUCUGUCGCAGAAGGGCCGGCCGCUGAGAGGAAAGAAGACGACGAAAGAGAGCAUCUCUUCUCACUUCAUCCCUAUGAAGUGCAGGCAAGACAAGAAGAAGCUGGCGUGAAGAAGCUCCAGGGAUCGGUUACUGCAUCUGUUCUGCUUUAUUCAUCAAACUCUGUCAAUAAAACAUUCACUCUGUCACACACACACACACACACACACACACACACACACAAGAAGCAGUUGGUAAAAGACGUUCAUAUAUGAAAGUGUUUUGGACUAUAACAGUUAUAUUUUGAGAUGAAGCUAUUUUUAUAUUUCAGAGAGAUGUUUAUGUUCAUGGCACUUUCACCACCAUUAGAGCCCA